UAUAAGGGGUUUGGGAUCCAGUUUUCCCGAUCCGUGACGAAACCCUAAUCCCAUGGAGAGGGGCUCCGAGCGGGAUCGAGGGAGCCGCAAAUCCUCCAGGGAUUACGAUCGCACCCGCGAACGUGAAUCCUCUGGGGAUCACCAUCGUGACCGCGACCGGAAGCAACGGCAUCACCACCGCAGCAGCAAAAACUCAGACGAGAAGCGCUAUCAGGAGGACGAUCGACGCCACCGCGCUAGGGAAUUCACUCCCUCCGACACUGAGGCGGACCGUGGUCCACACCGCGAGCGAUCGUCGAGCCGGGCGCGCGACUCUGCGGACCGCGAGUUGUCCGAGGAGCGGCGUCACUCGAGUAAGCGAAAGGAAUAUUGGGACGAGGAGGAUUUGGAGAAGAAUGGGAAGAGGGCCAGGAUCCUGGAUGAGGAGAGGGAAGGCAAACGGGAGAGGCGUCGUUUUGAGGACCACAAGGAGGAGAAGAAAGACGCCAAAUCCUCAAAGAGUAGGAAGAGGGAAGAACAUUACAAGGACAAGGAUGAGGUAAAACAGGAUGGGAAGGUGAAAGAUGAAAUUUUGAGUGAUGACGACGAUAAAAAGAGACAACAAAAAGAGGGCAGAAAAUUUACUGAUACCAUGAAAGCCGAAAAGAAGGAAGUGAAGCUUCAAUACGAGUUACUUAAUAAGAAAGAGAUCAAGGAUGAACGAAUUUCUAAAGAUAAAUUGAAGGAAGAGAAUCCAGAGAGUGAUCAGGAGGCUGCUGCUAGGGAAUCAUUCUAUUUGGAUUCAAUGGUUUCUACGAAUUCUGAUGCAUCUCAUUAUCCCCUGCUCACCAAGGUAUCUUCAUUUAAUACCCCCAAUGAAAAUGAGGGAGUUAGUAUUAGAUCUGAUGAGGUUCCUGGAAAAUCCAGUACAGAUGGCUUAGCAACUUCAGUUGCUAUCAAAAGUGGCAGCUUGUCUCUUGAUGCUUUAGCAAAAGCUAAAAGAGCUCUACAGAUGCAGAAGGAGCUGUCUGAGAAGCUGAAAAAAAUCCCUGCGCUAAACAGAGUUGUUAGCUCAAGCACUGUUAACACACAAGUUUUGUCUGAUAAAGCCGGAGUUAAAUUUUCUGCAGCAGGUGCAUUCCAACAUGCUCCCUCUGGUUCUCUGGCUUCUUCGUCUGUAGCCCAUGUUCAGGCAAUUCCAAGUGCACCAGAGGUUGCACCAUCAGGGAAUUUGUCUGCAAUGGGAGGGGCUGGUGUCCUUCCUGGGCUGUCAAACAUACGCAAUAUUGAAGCUGUAAAGCGUGCACAAGAACUUGCUGCAAAGAUGGGUUUCCACCAGGAUCCAGAAUUUGCACCUCUUAUUAAUAUGUUUCCCGGGCAGUUACCCAUCGACAUGGCUAUUUCUCAGAAACCUUCCAAGGCUCCUGUUCUCCGCUUAGAUGCACAGGGUAGAGAAAUUGAUGAACAUGGGAAUAUUAUCAACAUGCCUAAGCCAACAAAUCUUAGCACCCUUAAGGUCAACAUUAACAAGCAAAAGAAAGAAGCUUUUCAAAUAAUAAAACCAGAUUUAGAUAACAUUGCAGCAACAACUUCUCAUUUUGAUGAGAGUAUGGGAAUAAAUAAAACUAAGCUGUUGAGGCCCAAAAGGAUGGCAUUUCAAUUUGUGGAGGAAGGCAAAUGGUCAAAGCAAGCAGAGAUAAUGAAAUUUAAGAGUCAAUUUGGAGAAGCACAAGCUAAGGAGUUAAGGAUUAAGCAAACCCAGCUUGCAAGGGCAAAAGCUGAGCCGGAGAGCAAUCCAAACCUGAUAGCAGUAGGAGUGAGGAUUAAGAAGGAGAAACAGAAGGAUGAAAUACCUGAAAUUGAGUGGUGGGACAAACCUUUACUACCUGGAGCAUCUUAUGAUGAUGAUGAUGUGGAACAAAAACUUAAUAUAGAGAAAAUUACAAUUUAUGUGGAGCACCCUAGACCAAUUGAACCUCCUGCAGAGCCAGCCCCUCCACCACCACAGCCUCUCAAGCUGACAAAGAAAGAGCAAAAGAAGCUUAGGACCCAGAGGCGUCUUGCGAAAGAGAGGGAUCGGCAGGAGAUGAUCAGACAAGGCCUCCUAGAGCCCCCCAAGCCUAAGGUUAAGAUGAGUAACCUAAUGAAAGUUCUUGGUUCUGAAGCGACUCAAGACCCAACAAAACUUGAAAUGGAAAUUCGUAGUGCUGCUGCUGAGCGUGAACAAGCACAUGUGGACAGAAACAUUGCCCGCAAGCUGACACCUGCUGAACGACGCGAAAAGAAAGAGAAGAAGCUUUUUGAUGAUCCAAGUUCACUUGAAACUUUUGUUUCUGUGUACAAGAUCAAAGACCUCUCACACCCACAAACACGUUUCAAAGUCGAUGUGAAUGCACAGGAGAAUAGGCUGACCGGAUGCGCUGUGAUAUCAGAUGGCAUUAGUGUUGUGGCUGUGGAAGGAGGUAGGAAAUCGAUAAAAAGGUACGGGAAGCUGAUGCUAAGAAGGAUCAACUGGGCUGCUGCAGUGGGCAAUGAGGAAGAGGGGACCGAGGAUACAAAUGCCCCUGCCAACAGUUGUGCUUUGGUCUGGCAGGGUAGUGCUGCUAAACCUAGCUUCAACAGGUUUCUUGUUCACCAAUGCAGAAGUGAAGCUGCUGCUAGGAAGAUAUUUCUUGACGCUGGAGUUCCACAUUACUGGGAUCUGGCUGUCAAUUUCGUGGAGGAACUAGCGUGAGCAAUCUGACGUGGCAAGUUAUUUCACCUGACGUAUCAGGUUCUCGAGCACAAUAUUUCCAUGCUCAUUGUUUGUGUGGUUGUAGGACAAACUACUGGUCAUCUGUUGCUUCCGUGGCUUUAGUAGACGUGAGAUGUGUUAUUGCUUGACGAUUUUCUUCCAUUGGAAAAUACUUGCCGUCUCUCA